GUCUUGUUGUUGCCCGCGUCGUGCGUCGUGUCGCUUUCAUUACAAAGUUAUUUAACAAAAAAAAAAAAAUAUUUUUUUUUCUCUUUGCCACUACUUUGACUAAGCAAUAUAUAGUAUUCGCGUUAUAUUAUUAUAAUAAUUUUAUAUAGUGUAACACACUUGUAGAGCAAGCAGUUUGCAAAAGAAAAAAAUUUUUCAUACAAAAAUUCGUACCUCCAUAUGUGUACGACAACAAAAAUCCGCUUUGAUUGCAGAAAUUUUAUAAACUUAACACAAAAUAAAUGUAAAAAAAUCGUCGCAACACUUUUUUUUUUGCUUGCUAAAAUAUUUAUAAGAGUGUUUUCAUAUUAAUUUUGAUAUACACAAAAAAAACACAGAAAAAGAAAAAUAAGUUGUUAAAGUGAAUGAAUUUAAGCUAAAAAAAAUAAAAAAAAAAACUUUAAAAGGUGUGAAGAAGCUGAGUAAGGAAAUUGUGAACAACAUCAAUAAACAAACAAAUGCAAAAAAAAAAAAAAUAAAAUAAAAAUUAAAAGUGAGUGAAAAGGUGAACAACACUCAUAUCAUCGAAGGUUAAAGCCUACGAAGAAAUUUUUUUUUGCAAAGCAAAUGAAGUUGUUAUUACGGAAGAUAUAAAUUUAAAUACAAACAGCAAAAAGAAAAGUUAUACAGACACUCGAAACCGCACACACAAUAAAAUAAUACUACAAAAAAAAAUGAGCAUAAACACGUCUUUAGUAUAAAUUUUUCAACUUCAAUAUACGACGACGAGUGAUACUCCAAAAAAAAAAAAAAAGUCCAAUUUAUUUAUCCAUCGUACAGAUUUAUAGUGAAUUGCGCUUUUAGAAGAAAACGAUUAUCAAAGAAUAUUAAAAUUUAUGGCUCUUUAAUGAAUGUGUGUGUACCCCGCACCACAACAGGCAUAACCUCAAGUUGCUGCUCAGAUGCUGCUGUAUGUGCUGAAAAAAAAAAUCAUUUUAUAAAUAAAAGCUGUGCGCUGUGUUUGUGCAAAAGUUGACUUACAAAAUAAAUAAAAUAAAAAAUAAACAAAAAAACCAGUUAAGAUUCGCACAAAAAUAACAAAAGAAGAUAUGAAAUGUGAAAUGAAGACGUAUUAAAAAAAAAAGAUUUUUUUUUUAAAUUAAAAAAAUAUAAAAACAAUUAAAAAAUGGAGAAAUUAUCAUUAAAUCGCGCUUUUUUGCUGAUAACUAGUCUCAUUCUAGUCGGAGCAGAACUAACAACAACAACAACUACAAGCACCUCGACUUCAGAUGACACAAUCAACUGCAAAAACGUAAUUUGUCCCGCAUUACAAGAGAUCUCGUGUCCCGAUGACAGUUACUCGCACACCGUUUUUCCCACGCACAUGUUCAAGGACUUUGCGAGCAAGCGGGAAGGCGAAAAGUUGAGUUACGACGCCAUCAUUACCGAAAAUCACGAAGACGAGGAGGAAAAAGUGCUGGCGAAACGUUCGAUUUUGUACGAGAAACGAGAGUCGAUUAAAAUUGUUCCGGGCGGACAUCAUUUUUUCAAUCACAUCCAUAAACGGAGUUUGUCGCCAACCACAUCGAGCGCAGCAGCAUCGGGCAACGAUAAAUACGAUUAUCGUCUCGAAAAUGGCAAUAACGCCAGCAGUAGCAGCAGCGAAUUUAUCGCCGCACUUCCGCAGCAGCAGCAGCAAGCGAAAAUGUUUGAUGCUGACGCGACAACGAAACACUGUUGCGAAUAUCAGGAAUGUAAAUGUUUUCCGGCGCACGAGUCUAAUUGCAAAAUACCGCAUUGUUCGAAGCCACUGAUGAAAGCUGUGAAGCGCCAUGCCACGGGCCUCCCGGGCGAUUGUUGCGACGAAUACGAGUGCAUUCAGCCGAAUUAUUGCGAAAGUCGCGUCACGGGUCAUCGAUAUCCGGAUGGCGCGACGUGGGAAGAUGCCGACUGCCAGACGUGUCGCUGCGAAAAUGGCGAAACCAAGUGUCAGAUGUACUUUUGCAAGCCCCUUUCGUGCGCCAAGACCAUUCUCGUGCCCGGUGCUUGUUGCCAGAUAUGCGACGAUACUGCCACGGACUUUUGCAUGCACGAACUCAACUGCAACCUGCAUUGUCCGCAUGGCUUUCAAAAAUCCGAUGAUGGAUGUAAUUUAUGCAAGUGCGCAUUCAGCAAUAAUCUGCCGUUGAUUGACACAAAUUACACGAAUUCCACCGGCGACAUGGAAAAUGCCGUAAUUGAUAAUCACACAGUCACCUUGACGAACAUACAAAGUAUCUGCGAGGAUCAAUUACAAAGUUACAUUUAUGUCUUCCUAGCCGUUAUUGCGGUCUUGCUGUUAAUUAUCGUCGGCAUCGUCGCGUAUAUCAUAGUACAAAAACGUCAGAAAAAUUCGCAAUCUUACAAACCUGUUGCUAAUAUCGACUCCAAUUUCAACUCCUUGCCGCCGUCGUGCACUUUGAAGGCCGUGCAACAAUACGAGGGAGUUUAAUUCAACGACACCUACCUAAAAUUUAGACAAAAAAAAAAUAAAAUUAUUGUCUAUUAAAAUACAAAAAAAUAUAUAAAAUUAAAGUAAAGUAAUAAAUUAUUCGUACUGUGUGAAUUAUAAAAAAAAAAUUAGCGAAAUGCAACAAGAACAAAAUCAUGCAAUUGUGAUAGAUUUAACAGUAUACAGCCAUUGUUAAGUUUUUAUUAUUAUUAUAUAUAAAUAUUAUUACAUAAUUCUUAUUAUUAUCAAAUUUAUUCUUACAUCUCAACUAUUAUCAUUAAUAUUUUUAUUAUUAUUAUUACAAGUAUUCUUUACCUACCCCCAAAAAAUUAUUAUUAUCAUCAUUACAAGAACUACUACAUACACUUUUAUGAUUAUUAUCAAAGAAAAGAGACUAUAAAAAAACGUAUUUUGUUAAGUUCAAGCAUAAGAAAAGAAAAGAAAAAAAGAUCCAAGAUCAAACUAUAAGUAUAUAUAAAUAUUUAAAUAUUCUGUGUAUUAUUUUUUAUUUUUAUUGUAAAACGUAGAUUAUAAUGAGAUUUUUAGCCAAAAUUUAAGUUAUUUGUUACACGAAAAAAAAGCUCUAAAACUAGCGUUCCAAAAUUUCUCACCUUUCCGAAAAAAAAACGUAAAACGAAACGAAAGAUUGUUGGAAAAAAUUCAUCUUGUAUACCAAAGGCUUAAAACAUAAGGAUUUAAUGUACUAUAUAUUUUAAUGAUAAAUGACCUUUCUUUCUUAGAAUCCUUUUGUUGUGUAACUUUCAUUAUUAUUAUUACUACAUGUAAAAAGCAACCGACAAACAAUAUGCGCUCGGAAGGUGCUUUCAUAGAGAAUAAUUACUAUUAUUAAAAAUUACAUACACGUUCUAAUAAAUUGUAGAAGUUCAUCAGUAAAUUAUUAUUUAAAACAAAUGGAAUGAUAUAACAAAUAAAAAU